UAGUUUUCAUAAAGUACCAAACCAAACCCGUAAUCUCUCUCUCUCUCUCUCUCUCUCUCACACACAUACACAGUCUCUCUCUCUCUCUCUCUUUGAUCGAUUUUUUUCGCCGGAAAUUUGUGUCGCCGAUCGGACCUACCGCAUCGCCGGUGAAGGAAUCGUGGAAACUUCCGGCGAGGUAAGAUUUCUUGAAAAUUUGAAAUCUUCCUUUGCCGUUUUCACAGUACGGUGACCUUUUUUUUUUUUUUUGAUUUACGUGAAGCAUUUUGGUUCAGAUCUGGUUGUUUUUUGGUACUUGAGAGAGAAUUAGGGUUUUCCUUUGUGUUUAAUCGAGAGGUUUUGGAUGGAUUUGACCGUUAAUUUGGGGAUUUAGGGAUUUUCUUGUGUAGAUUUUGAUGUAGAUGGAAGAGGGGUUGAGAUCUGGUGGCCCUUCGGGGCUAGUGGUGAAGAAUAGGAACUCUUCGGGUUGUUUAAUCGUUAGGAAAAAGAGUGGGGAUGGGGUGGGAGGAGUGGCUGGUUCUUCGAGUUCUCGAAAGGUUUACGAGCGGAGAAAGGAGAAGAAGAGGUCUAGGUUGGUUUUGAGUGAUUCGGGGUCGAGUGACGAGCUUUUGCCCACGCCUCGGAGAAGGGUUGCCCCUGAAACUAUUAGGGUUUGCAAUGGUUUAUCUGCCUAUGAUAAGGGUAUUGGAGAGGGGAGUGGAGUUGUUCGAAAGAGGGAUAGGUUGGAUCAUGUUAGGCAUUAUGAGGAUGGUAUGAUUGGUAGGAAUGGCUUUGAUGAGAGCGAAAGGAAGAGGAAUAAGAUGGAUGUUUUUGAGUUUGAUGAGUAUGAUGGGCUUGAUGGGGAAAGGAUGCGUAGGAAACGUUUCGAUGGUAGUGGAAUUGAAGUUGGAGGAAGGAGGUAUUUUGGAUCGAUGGAUAAGCCUCGAGGUGGGAUGGAGAGGGAAUAUGAAACCGGGCCGAGUAGACAUGGUUAUGACAAGAGAAAAAAUUUAUAUUUUGACCGGACAGGUGGCUUGAAUUUGGGAGAUAAUGUGGAUAAUGGUAGGUUUAAGAUGAGUAGAGAUGGAGCUCAGCUACCUCAAUCAUUUUUAAGGGAGAAGUUCGGGGGUCAUUCAGAUGAGCCGAUUAGAGUUCAGGGCAAAAAUGGUGUUUUGAAGGUGAUGGUAAACAAGAAGAAGAAAUUGGGUGGUGGGCCUUUGGAAAAUUUUGAUCCCCGCAAAGCUGAGGAAAGUAGAAAGAGUUUGAAAACUCCAGAUGUUGCUAAAAGGAAUAUAGUAAUUCAUUCUUCAUCAUACCCACCUGAGACAAAACUUAUAGAGAAACCAGGUUUAUAUGUCCGGCCAGAAAAAAGUCAGCUGGCUUUGCAGAAAUCUCUAUCAAGUAAGAAUAUCAAGGGUGUCAAAUGGGAUUCAGAGGACAGUGAUACGUCAUUAAAGCUAAGAUUGAAGAAUGUGGAGGCCCAUGAUUCUAUGAAGAAGGUAAGUUGCAAAGAAGAAAAUACUCCUAUGAAAAUAGUAAGUUCCAAAGAAGAAAAGACUCCUCCUUGUGAGAAGCUCCCACCAACUGCAAUUAAAGAAGGAAAAGUUAGGCGUGGUAGUGGCACAGAAAAGCAAAAACUGCGUGAACGGAUUAGAGGGAUGCUUCUGGAAGCUGGCUGGACAAUAGAUUAUAGGCCUAGGAGGAACAGAGACUAUCUAGAUGCUGUGUACAUUAAUCCCUCAGGAACAGCGUACUGGUCAAUCAUCAAGGCCUAUGACGCACUUCAAAAGCAAUUGAAAGACGAGGAUGAUGAGGCCAAAGUCAGUGGGGACAUUGCUUCAUUUGCUCCUAUAGCAGAUGAUGUGCUCAGCCAAUUAACCAGGAAAACUCGAAAGAAAAUUGAGAAGGAACUGAAAAAGAAGCGAAGAGAUUACAGUGAUAGUGAGAAUGAAGCAGAACCUGCUGUGAGAAGAUCUGCAAGUACCAAGCAUGAUGUGGAUAGCAUGGACAGUGCUAGCCAUGAAGAGAAACUAAGCUCCUUCAUAAAGCAGGGUGGUAAGUCAAUGAAGGGUAGAAUGAAUGAAAAUGGUUCUGCCAGUGUAAACUCAAAAAGUCAAAAUUCUACUCAUGAUAGCAUUGAAAAAGUAUCCUCUGGAUCCAAUUCCCGUAUCCUACAUGGAAGAAAGAGUAGAAAACUUGGCAGAUGUACUUUGUUGGUUCGUAGUUCUAAGAAGGGGCAAAAUUCGGAAACUGAUGGUUUCAUUCCAUAUACUGGAAAACGGACACUACUUUCCUGGCUGAUUGACUCUAAAACUGUGGAGUUAAGCCAAAAAGUGCAGUAUAUGAACCGUCGGCGGACUCGAGUAAUGCUGGAGGGUUGGAUUACACGAGAUGGCAUUCAUUGUGGCUGCUGUAGUAAAAUCCUCACUGUUUCGAAGUUUGAGAUUCACGCAGGGAGCAAAUUGCGUCAGCCAUUUCAACACAUAUAUCUGGAUUCUGGGAUUUCUCUUCUGCAGUGCCAGAUUGACGCAUGGAAUAGCCAGGAAGAGUCUGAACGCAUUGGUUUCCACUCUAUAGACAUAGAUGGAGAUGAUCCAAAUGAUGACACUUGUGGCAUCUGUGCAGAUGGUGGGGAUUUGAUCUGUUGUGAUGGUUGUCCAUCAACAUUUCAUCAGAGUUGCUUGGACAUACAGACACUUCCACCUGGUGAUUGGCACUGUCCAAAUUGUACAUGCAAAUUUUGUGGGUUAGUCAGUGUGGGUGUUGCUGAAGGAGAUGAUUCUACGGCCUCUGCACUACUCAAGUGUAGUUUGUGUGAGAAAAAAUAUCAUGAAUCAUGCAUGCCAGAGACGGAUGCUAUUCCUGUUGAUUCCAAUAAUCUAGUCCCUUCCUUUUGUGGGCAAAAAUGUAAAGAGAUCUUUGAGCAUUUGCAGAAGUAUCUUGGAGUCAAACAUGAACUGGAAGCAGGCUUUUCUUGGUCUCUUAUUCAUAGAAUGGACGAAGACUCAGACACAUCUCUUCGAGGGCUUCCUCAAAGGGUGGAAGGCAAUUCUAAGCUAGCUGUUGCACUGACUGUUAUGGAUGAAUGCUUUUUGCCAGUUGUUGACAGGAGGAGUGGGGUUAAUUUGAUACAUAAUGUUCUUUAUAAUUGUGGAUCAAACUUCAAUCGAAUAAACUAUAGUGGCUUCUACACUGCUAUUUUGGAGAGGGGUGAUGAAAUAAUCUGUGCAGCAUCUAUCAGGUUCCAUGGGACUAAGUUAGCAGAGAUGCCAUUUAUUGGAACUCGCCACAUAUAUAGGCGUCAAGGGAUGUGCCGUCGGCUUUUUGGCGCUAUUGAAUCAGCUCUGUGCUCUCUCAAGGUUGAGAAACUGAUUAUUCCUGCAAUUGCUGAACUCAUGCAUACAUGGACUAUGGUUUUUGGCUUCACUCCUCUUGAGGAAUCUCUCAGGAAAGAAAUGAGAUCGAUGAAUAUGUUGGUAUUCCCUGGUACAGAUAUGUUACAGAAGCUGCUACUUGAGCAAGAUAACAUGGAGGGGAACAUGACAGGCAGCACAGGCGCAAAGCAGAUGGAGUGCAAAAUCAAGCUUUCUACUAAGCCUGAGGCGGAAAAUAAAUCUGAUGUGGAUUCCUUAGCUGGGCAUGAUUCUAAUGGGUGUAACAGCAAUGGUUCGGAUCUUGCUAAGGAGAUAGCUGAUGAAGUUGCAGCUGCAGAUGAUAAAUCUGAUAAGGACUCCUCUGUUGGGCAUGAUCCUCAUGCGUGUGAUGAUACUGGUUUGCAUGAUGCUAAUGAGUUAACUGAUGAAGUUGUGGCUACAGAUAAUAAAUGUGAUAUGAAUUCCUCAGCAGAUCUACAUGGAUAUGGUGAUGCUGGUCUGCAAGGUGGUGAUGAACUAAUGAAUGAAGCUGCAGAUGCUGACAAUAAAUCUGAUAUGGAUUCAUCAGCUGGGCGUGACCCUCAGGGGUGUGAUAAUUCUGGUUUGCGUGGUGCUAAUGAUUCUGUGGAUGAUAAAUCUGGGAUGGAUUCUGCAUCUGGGCAUGAUUCUCAAGGAGGUGAUGAUGCUGGUUUGCCCAGUGCCAAUGAGACAGCUGAUAAUUUUGAAACUGCAGAUUCGAGUUCUUUAGAUGCUCUUAAACUUAAGAUUCCAGCUUUGACCGAGCAGACUGUGUGUUCUGGCUCUCUUUCUGGAGACAAGUUAGCAGAGUCUGUUUCUAAGAAGAAACCUGACCCUCCCCCUAGUGUGAGCUGUGAUGCAAUAGAGAUGGGAAAUAAACCAUUGUUGGAUUUUCCUGUCAAAGAUAAUAUGCAGUCUUCUGUCCAAUGUCCGCUUGUGCCCUUAAAUGAUACUCUGGUGAUGAGUAGUUCAUUAGAUGCUUCUGAUGAAGUUAAAAUUCCUGUUUCAGUUGAGGGGACUGCAUGUUCUGACUCUCAUGCGGAGGACAAGUUAGCUCAGUUGGCAUCUGGCAGGAAAUGUAUGUCAUCAUCUGAUAUUAGUCAUGAUGUACUUGAGCUGGAAAACAAACCAGCAAUGGAUUUUCCUGUUGAAGAUCAUGCCCAGUCUCUGGAAGUGAGUGAUAUGGAUGGGGUACAUGAAGUAAAUGACAUUGACUGUCUUGAGCCUGUUCCUUCUUCAGGAGAAAUUUUUGCAGAGAACACCACCAAGGAGAUCAAUGAAAAGCAAGAUGUCUCUGAUUCUACACAAAAUGGUUCUGGUGAGUGUUCCUUGCAAUUUAAAUAUGAUUCAAAUAUUCAAAUUGUGUGUGAGACAGAGGGCACAUUACAUGCAUCUGAUUCUGAUGACAAGUCUGAGACUGCUGCACGUGAAAGAAAGACUGAAUCCAGUUCUGUUUGAAAUCAUUGCAGCAUCAAUACUGAGUACUCCACUCUACUAAUUAUAUCUCUCAAUGGGAGAAUGCCUCAUUUUUAGAAGAUUUUAAGGCUCUGGAGCUAGUGUCUUAUCUCCUGAUUCAGAUAGUGUGAAUAAAAUCUAAUGAGUCCCAAGGGAAAUUCAUUUUGCCUCUGGCUUAAUUUAUGAGUGUAAUGUUAAGGUUCUAGAUUAACUUUUGUGCAUGUCAAGAUUAAAGUUUCUCUCAGAAGGUUUUGAAGUCUGCCUUUUGAUUUGGGUGAUGUAGUGUCAUGUGCUCGUCAAUGGUGAAGUUGCUGCUUUAGAGACAACACUCGGAAGUUGGAGGUGAUCUUUGUAAUGUUCUGGGCAGGUCACCUACCCAUGCUUUUUCACGGUGUAUAUAUCUGAAUCUGCCGCGGACAAGUCGGGAGUUUCUCUUCAAGCCCUUUAUCAUUGUAGCGGUUUGCAUUUUAUCAAAGUCAUUUCAUCACAUGAGAUAGGUGGUUGUACAUGAUUUAUUGUAGAUCAUCUCAACUACCUUUCCUAGUGCGCAUAAUACAGGUCAGCCACAACCUGCUUGCCCAAAUUGAUUUUGAUAGGCUUCUUUAUGAGAGCGAUAAAAUAUGAUGCUGUUUGAUGGUACUUAAAAAAUCUCUCUGAGUUCCUGAGCUGAGACGGAACUUGUUUUAGAAGUUCUAUUUGGGACGAGUGUCAUGAUCUGAAAUGAAAAAGGGUACUGCUACUGGAAAGUUCUUCAAGGCACGUACGUAACAAGGAUGGCCUAAGCAAUGUUAAAAAUAUUCUUUAGAUAUGUAGAUUUAGUGGACAUUAAUAAUCAUAUUUCUUUGUAUGACCUUUUCCUUUUCCUUUUCCUUUUCCUCUUCCUCCGAGCUCAGCAGAUUUUGAUUUGUUUGCUCUUGUUACUGUUAUGUAAUCAGGGCAACGUUUGAUAUUUAUUAGGAUUUUAUGCUAUCUCAAACUCUGAGCAUUUUGUGAAUUAGAAGUUAAUUGGAUCUCCUUUGACUUGCCGAGACAAAA